GUCAAACUCGCCUUCACUCUCUGUCUGAUGCCAUCCGCCGAUCUCCACCCAAAUCUCUAUCGGAUUCGGAAUCUCCUGAUCUCCAGUUGCCCAAUCCCCUUCCAAUCUCCAUCGUCGCCGACUAGUAAUCAACACGCGAAAUGCAUCCAAUCCUCGCCGGGAUCCCGCAGUCUCUCCGGCCCGCGGUGCUGAUCGCCUCGACGUGCGCCUUGCUCCUCCUCGCCACCGCGCUGCUCCUCCCGCGCGCCCCUCCUCCCCCGCCGCCGCUGCUGACCACUGACGCCUCCGCCUCCGCCUCCGCCGACGCCGACGCCGACGCCGUCCGCCUCGACGCGCGCGUCGCGCGAAGGAACGGCAACGAGGUGCUGUGGCAGCUGCCGCGGCCGUCGUCGCCGCUGCGGGCCGCGCUGUUCGCGGCGCCCGGGUGCACCAUCCGCGCCACCGACUUCUUCGACGCCUCCCCGGGCUGCCCGCGCUGCACGGGGCUCCCCGAGGAGCGCCGCUUCACUCGCGAAGCGCUCAGCCGCGGGUACGCCGUCCUCGCCGUCUCCAGCCGCGCCAAGUGCUGGUCCCUCGACGACGACGACGCCGCCGCCGGCGGCGGCGGCGGGGACGGGGAGGAUGGCAGCGAGCUCGCCGCCGUCCAGUCCAUCAUCGAGUGGUGGACCACGGAGAAGUACCCUCAGCUCGCGGGCCUCCCUCUCGUCGGCAUCGGCGCGUCCUCGGGCGGGUACUUCCUCUCCGCGCUCGCGGCCAGGGUUAAGUUCAGCAGCGUCGCUGUCAUGAUCGCGGAGGGCGUGUACGGCGCCAUGGCCGACAUCCCCACCGGGUAUCCGCCGGCGCUGUUCGUGCACAUGCCCAAGGACACCGAGAGGGCACGGUUGGUUGCCGACAGUAUGGGUAAGCUCAGGGAGAAGCACGUCGACGUGCGGGAGAUCCGGUGCGAUGACUUCGCCGUGAGCGCCGAGCUCCUGGCGGGGAGGGUGCCGGGGUUGACCCGGGCCUUCGCCGACGCGCUGGUGGACGUGCUUCGCCGGAAGGGCUUCGUGGAUGAGAAGGGGUUCCUGAAGAAAGACGGGAGGAAAACACUGUGGAAGGAGGCGGCUAAGGAGGCCAAGGUAUUGCCUGAGGGGUUCGGUCUGGAGAGGCAUGUCACCGAGGAGUUCAAUGUUGCCUAUGCGUACCAUGAGUUCACCAGCCUCAAGAAUACUGAAAUCUUCGAAUGGUUUGAAUCCCAUAUGAAUCAUUAGGACUGAUGCCCAACUGGCUUUCAUGCCAUAGUGAACCGAGCAAAUUUGCUGAUUGUUUGAAGAUCAACUUUUGACCAUGAUCUCAAUAGGAGAAAGUUAGAGCAAGACCUUGUGUAAGACUUCUGCUCACAGCUUAUAGUUUACAACUUCCACUCAUAGUUUUAGUUUCUGGUAUGAUUGUAUUUCUCUUUACUACUUGUUAGUGCAAAUUACGGAAAGCAAGAAAAUGUGUUGAUUACACUCAUUAUUGUUGUACUUGUACUAUUUAUCUUUUGGAAAGCAAGAAAAUGUGUUGAUUACACUCAUUAUUGUUCUACUUGUACUGUUUUUCUUUUGGAAAGGAAUAAAAUGUUCAAAUCUGGGAUUCCAGGCU